AUGGGUGACGGGGAGCACAGGAUGGCGGUCAAUCUAUCGAAACUGCAGGUCUGGACGCCACAGGCUGUGCACGCCCUUGCCACACGACCAGACAGCAAGGUCGUGGCUGUAGGCAGAGAGGAUGGCGACGUCGAACUGACCGUCCCGAGCGAGGGAUACCGCGUAGAAGCCCGCGUCCCGGGGCAGAAGAACAAAGGGCUGCGGUCAUUGGCUUGGAUAGGGGGUACGGGCGGCGACGGUGGCGUAGAAGGAGACGACGAGGGUAGCACGGCGAUAGCCCGCUUGUUCGGCUGCGGGCUCGAUGGCACAGUAUUCGAGGUCGACCUGUUGAGACUGUGCUACAAGAAUGUCAGGGACGCGUACGGGGGCGCGGCCUGGUGCAUGCGGCCGGCGGCUCCCCUUGGUCUCCUCGCUGUGGGCUGCGAGGACGGAUCCGUACGGCUGUUCUCGACGGAGGGGGGUGGCGUGGAGUACAAGAGGUCGUUUCCCUCAACAGGGUCGCGUGUUCUCUGUCUAGCAUGGGGCCCAGCGAACGACGUGAUCUUCGCUGGCUGCCUGGACUCCAUGAUCCACUGCUUGGACGCUACGACUGGGCAAACGUUGUUCGACAUGCGGCUGGAGAGGGGACGGAAGGAGGAUGCCAUUGUGUGGGCUUUGGAGGCCCUGUCUGAUGGAACGGUGGUCAGCGGUGACUCUUGCGGCAGGGUUCAGGUGUGGGAUGGGCUGACAGGAACACAGCUGCAAAGUCUCACGACACACGAGGCCGACGUGCUCUGUCUUUGCGUCGCGGAAGGCGAAACGGAACUGUUCGCAUCGGGGUGUGAUGGGAAGGUGGUUUCGAUGGAGAAGCGGCAGGCGGUGUCCGCCUUGCCGUCCGACAUGGAAGAUGCGAUGGACGAUGGACAGACACCGGCACGAAUGCGCCAGGGGUGGGAAUGGACCGUUGGCAGCAUGCGGCGGGAGCACACGCACGACGUGAAAGCCCUAGCGAUCCACGAGCAGAGCCUCGACGAGAGGACGAAGGGUGGAGGGGUCGGGGUAGCCAGGAAGGGGCCGGUGCUUGUGUCUGGGGGCGUUGACGCCUCCUUGUCAUUGUACUCCGUCCCGGGCUUCAAGACGCAGGGACCACGGCCUAUGGAGCCCCUCCCGCCCGUCCCGGUGGCGUUCCUAGCCCGAGACCCUCGCUUGGUCCUCAUCAUGCACAACCUUAGCCUCGACUUGUGGGAAGUGCCAAGGCACAAGCGAUCCUUCUCGGCAGAGGACCUGGGUGACUUGGAGGACGGUACUGUGUUGGACGGCAGCCGCAGCGACGCCGCCAGCGGUGGUGUGGGAGUGGGAGGGGAGGCACCGCCACCGGUGGUGCGGUUGAGGUUGGAACCCAAGACGGACAAGGGAGGACACUUAGCCUGCGCAGCAAUUUCUGCGGCGGGAGAUCUCGUGGCCGUUUCAAACACGAAGGAGACAAAACUCUACCGCAUAUCGAGGGUCUCGUCUUCAGGGAAAGCCUUGUCCGGCAAGAGGGUGCGUCUUCCGGGAACAUGCUCGCCACCGGCCCACGCACUGGCCUUCACUCGCGAUGGCCGAAGACUCGUCGUAGCGGCAGCCGCCGGUGACAUCCGGAUCGUUGAUCUGGACGCUGCCGAGGAGGAUAAGGGAAGCGACCCAGACAUCUCCAAAGCCACCGCUGGGCGGGCGGGAGCGGGGGCUCGUCUGGUGCACUGCUUCGAGGAGCACGUGGACGGAGUGAGGCCGGGGGGGGGAGAUGAGGGGGCCUUGCCGGUGUCGGCCAUCACGCUCAGCGCGAACGGGAAGUGGCUAGUCUCUUGUUCCGUGUCUGGGGUGGUGUACGUCUUCGAUCUCGUGGGGCUGCGGCAUCACUGGACAGCGCCAAGCUUCUCCGCCUCCCAGAGGGUGGCGGGGUUGACGUCUUGGUCGCCCCGGGUGUUGGGCGUGCGGUUUCACAGCAGGGACGACAUCCUCGUGUGCGUGGACUCUUCCAACGCGUUCCGUUUGCUGGACGUGCAGAGACGCCGGCUGGCUGCGUGCCACGACGGCGUGGAGUUCCCUCAACUGCCGUCAGGCAAAGGCUCUUGGGGGGGGCAGGGGGACGUCCGCCCCUUGUCGGGGAUUGCGUUCAACCCAGAGGACCCACAGCACUGCAUGCUUCUCUUUAAUCACAGGUCGGUGGUGUUGAUGACCCCCCGGCGGAAGAUCCCCUUGAACGUGUGCGUCAAGCCGACCAAGGCCAAAAAGCCUCGCUUGGCGGAAGGCGACAGAGAUAAGGCGAAGACGGGCAAGGCCAGUGGCAAGGGCGCAGCCAACCAGAGCAACUUCCGCAUGAUCCGGGACUUCUCGUCUGUGGUGCUCAUGGAUUUCUUGGGUCCGAAUGAGCUUCUUGUCCUGGAGAAUCCGUGGGAAGCAGUCAAGGAGUCUUUGCCUGAAGUGUUGGACCGCAAGCAGUACGGUGUUUGAGAAACUUCGCCAAUAUGGCAUAGUCCUGGUAUGCGACAAGGCGGAUACAACAUGUCGGUUCAGUUGGGCCGCAGGUGGCAUUGUGUCGUCUCUCCUGUCUAUGUUGCCUUUGCUUCUUCGUGUUCUUCUUGGCGGUGGUGCAGAAAGCGGUGUUUGUCUGUAGACCUCCCGAAGGACCAAGCCAUUUGUUGGAGUGCCUGAGCUCCACUAGAAGUACUUUUUCAGUUUUCGUGAUAAUAUGGAUAGUUUCUUGUGUUUUCGUGCGGGCGGAUCGGGGUAACUGUGGCUGGGGUUGCGGCACUUGUCAGACGUUUUCGCUUCUCCGCGGUAAACUUCCUGUGAUUCUUUGGUGCUUCUUUGCCGUGGUUGUCGGUGUGUCAGUGUUGGUAUCCUGUCCUACGAUGAUUGCCGAGCAUGCCGUACAUUUAUUUGG